AUGCGCAGUUUCUUGACCAGCCUUCUCUUGAUGGCUCUAUGUAUUACUCUUGCCAAUCUUCAUGGAGGUGCCGCUGGAGGUAUUGCUUCUGCGCUAACAUUGAAGAGAGACUCCCCUACACCAAUUGCUGAAGGUGACGCUGAAGGUACUGCUUCGGGUGCUGUUUUCAGAAGAGAAACACCCAACCCCAUUAAUGAAGGUGAUCCAAGUGCAGCGGCUUGGGGUGGCGGCAGUUAA